UGCGAACAUUAAUCGGGAUUUUUUUUAAUUUUUCUUUUUUUUUAGUGUACGUGUGGUUCUCCCUGUGCGUGUAGUGCGCGCGCACACACACACACACACACACCCUCAGCAGUAGCACCCUUGCAUGCCUGGCUUCUCCUCACCGAGAGCGGCUGCAGCGGAGGCGGACUCCAUCGGUGUCACGAAGCCGGAUUUCCCCAACCCUUUUCCGGCUCAGAGAGGGGUGGUAAUAGUGGUGGUGGGCCGGACAGGACCGGUGACUGGGUCAGUGGAAGAUUUUUUUUAAUUAUUUACUGUACCCUCCUCCCCCCUUUUUUGCUCGAGUCAGCCUUGCUCGGCUGACUGGACCGGACUGGACUCUGGAAGGUGGCUCAAGGAGACGUCGGUGUGAGCGCACCUGUUGGCCAUCUAUGUCAUGUCCCGCUGACUGAUCUUCUCCUGCAUCUCCAUCCAAACAGUCCCGUGUCCUGCAAUCAUUCAGUUUUCUCCAGUGUUGGUGCAUUCUGAUGGAUCAGUAUGUCCACCACUAAUAAUAUCGCCCAGGCCAGGAAACUGGUGGAACAGCUGAGGAUCGAGGCGGGUAUUGAACGGAUUAAGGUAUCCAAAGCAGCCGCCGACCUGAUGAGUUACUGUGAGCAGCACGCUCGUAGCGACCCGCUGCUGGUCGGCGUUCCCACCUCCGAAAACCCUUUUAAGGACAAGAAGCCCUGCAUCAUCCUAUAGCUGCGCUCCACUUUCUCUCUCUUUCUCACACAUACACACACACACACACACACACACACACACACACACAUAUAUAUAUAUUUAGAUAGAUAGAUAGAUAGAUAGAUAGAUAGAUAGAUAGAUAGAUAGAUAGAUAGAUAGAUAGAUAGAUAGAUAGAUAGAUAGAUAGAUAGAUAGAUAAAUACACACACAUAUGGCCAUUUAA